AUGCGUGGAACUAUAAUUGAACAAAAAUGCAAUGUUAAAUUCAUUAAAUUUAUACCAUACGAUUUGGUUGCAUGUCUCUAUAUUGCAUUAGUAUGCAUAGAUGAUAGUGUAAUGCCACAUUCAAUUAUAACAGAUGCGUUAGCAGAGAUACAUGCAUUUUCAAACAAUAUAGAUAAGCUUCAAUCUCUAGUUGCAAAAUGUUAUAAGAAUAUGCAUAGCGUUCAAUACAAAAAAUUUGAUAUAUAUAAUUAUGUGCGUUGUAUUGCAUUAUUAAAUAAACAUGAUUCAAAUAUAGAAAAUGAAAUUUGUGAGUGCCAUGCAAAUAAUACAAAUAUUGCUGAAGCAGCACAUACUCAAGCCAAUCGGAAAGAAAAACAGUUAAAAACUUCUUACAGCAAUCAUAGUAGGCGUUUGGAUGAAAGAAUUUUUAAAAUAGCAGAAACUCAUGAUAGGUAUGGCAUACCUUAUACUAGAAGAGAUAAAAGUGAAAUUAAAGACAAACAAGAGCUAUGA